GUCCCAAUCAAGGCUAUUCCCAGCGUGGUCGCUCUGAUAGAGGACAUCACCACAGAGAAAUGCCGACAGGUAGGUACUUAUGCUAAGGUCAGAGGUCAAAUUAGUGACAGUGUGUUAUUUGGCCAUACAGGAUGGUGUUUUAAAUGGAUACUACGAGAUUCUGGCAAUAAUUAACUUGUAUGUUUGAUGUAUGUAACUGCUGUUUUCGCCAGGCUCUGAGGAAGGCGCUCCAGACAUGGAAGGUGGACGUGGUCCUAAACGACGGAGCUCCAAAUGUUGGAGCCAACUGUGUGCAUGAUGCCUUCUCUCAGGGUAUGUAACAGCACUGAUAACACCUAUAUAAGCAAACUGAGAGAAAAUAAUCUUAAUGCAUACCAAAUCAUGUGUCUGUCCAUCAGCUGUAUCUUUAUGUUCACUCAUAACAAAAUAUGUACAGUAGAACUGUUUAUUAGAUCAGUGUAAAGUGCACAGUAGCCGAACACAAUCUACAUUUAAUAAAAGAAACAGCAGAUUGUCCAUUUCAGUCUUACCUCAACACUACUACCCCUACCAGCUCACCUGACCCUGAUGGCUCUGAAGCUGGCGUGUGACUUCCUGGCCAAAGGGGGCACGUCUGUCACCAAGGUGUUCCGCUCCAAAGACUACCAGCCGCUGCUGUGGAUCUUCCAGCAGUUCUUCAAGAAGGUGCAGGCCACCAAGCCCCAGGCCUCCAGAAACGAGUCGGCUGAGAUCUUCGUCAUCUGCCAGGGUGGGUUGGUUCGCCUCGACUCUAUUCAGCAGAGUUGAAAAAGUAUUUUCUAUUUAUUCUAAAUUCAAAUACCAUUCACUUCCUGAAUUAACUGAAUAUGCCCCAAACCUGCUCCUUAGCACCAGUUAUCUAGUGUAAAUUGGGAAAUAUAUACUGGGUUUAUUGUGGUAAGGGCUGGUCUUGUUGAGUAACUGAGGACAGGACUUCUUUCCAUUUCAGGUUAACUGGCCCCAGACAAAAUAGACAAGUUCUUCGACCCCAAACAUGCUUUCAAAGAGGUGGAGGUCCAAGCCAAGGCUAUCAAAGACCUGGUGCAUGUGAAGAAACCCAAAGUGUGUGUUUGCGUGUGUGUGUGUACUUGUCUGUAAAAGGCUUGUGACUGAACUGACUGUAUAUUUCAGUGGCUUCAUUCAUGUUGCUGUGUUUCAGGCGGAGGGAUACACAGACGGUGAUCUGACCCUGUACCACACAUUCUCUACGACUGCCUUCCUCAAGGCUGACAACCCUGUGGACUUCAUGAGCAAAGCCAACGAGGUGAGACACACAACAUACUGUACAUAGCUUUGCCAUGGCAGUUAGCAUGGAAAGCAAGUUAGUAGUAAGUUAGUUUUCUAGCUAGCUUAACAACAUUUUGCUGUAGCAUAUCUCUCUCUGAACAGACUCUAAUAUUGUCUUUAUUGGGGUGUCCCUCCAGAUCACCUUUGAUAACACUGAGUUGGAGUCUCACGAAGCCACCUCUGACGAGGUCAAAGAGUGUUGCUGUGACAUCAAGGUUCUGGGCCGCAAGGAGCUCCGGUAAGCCAAUGAGAACGCUGUACUAUAAUAGUAACAAUACACUAACUUUAUAAAGCGUUUUCUAUAGACCCAAAUAUGUACUGCAACUCAAGUUGUGGAGCCCCCCCUCUCCUCUUGGGCUCUCGUAUGACCAUUGCCCCCUGACUCUGUGUGUGUGUGUGUGUGUGUGUGUGUGUGUGUCCAGCAUGCUGCUGAUCUGGAGGUCCAAGCGGAGGAGAUACCUGGCCAAGAAGCUGAAGGACUAGGCCAAGCAACUGGACCAGGACAUCAAAUAAGAAUCCGUUUGAACAUUUCUUCAUCUUCACAUCUACAGCAAGUUCUAUUGAGAUAGACUCCCAGACCAAAUUCAACCCCUAAAGCCCCUGGUAGAUCAGAUACAGGUAGGUGGGUACAGAAUGGAAUUGUAUGUAUGGCUCCACCUAGUCCUCUGUUUCCUCCAUAUUGUUUACACCUGUCCAGUCUUAAAAUAUAUGAGUGUAUCAUGAAUUGCCUAUCUAGGGGUUGGGGCUGAUUUUGGUGGACAAGAUAAUCUCUUUUACAAGGGUAUGAGGUAUUUGUCAGGUUCUAAAUUAAUAUCCUUUGAAGCUGCACAGCCCAUUAUAAAGAACAGUAGACUUCAACAACAUUGGCCUUUAGUGUUGUGGUUGUCUGCAGACUAAGUUCAGGUGAGGAGGCGAGCGACGCAGAGAAGAAAGAGGAGAAGAAGGAGAAAACGAAAAUGAAAGUGGCUGAAAAGAAGGAAGAAGAGGCAGAGUUGGAGGAGGUAGAGAUGGAGCAGAAACUGGCCGAGCUGAACGCGGAGGAGGUGGCAGAGCUAAGACGUUAAGUCUUUAUACUCUCAUUGCUCACCUACUUGGUCUCCAAUGUACCGGUAUAUACCAACAAUGGUAUUUUAUGGCUCAAUAUAAAAUAACUUAAUUUUUGCUAAGGGGAACUUGGGGACUAGACAGUACAAUACAUACAUAAUAGCACUGUUCACAAUUCACCCAUUACAGAUACAAUACACAAGUCUCGAGUCAAUGUUCAUUAAAAGCCUUACUGAUGCCAUCACAAAACUGGUAAGACCUGAGUCUGGCCUGAUGGCAGUUGCUUCCUCAUUAAGAGGAAGUUAUGAUAUGACAGAUAUGUUAUAUUUCCAAUUGUGAGGUGUCGACAUAUGCAUGCCGUUGUGUUGUGCCAACCAGGAAGAAGAAGCUUCUGAAGGAGAGGAGGAAGCAGAGGGAGAGGGUGGCGCUGAAAAUGGACCUGCCUGGAGUCUCCAUCGCUGACGGCAAUGACUCCUCCAUGUUCUCCCUCGCAACCAUAAACAAGGCCAAGGUAACACACCAGGCCUCCAGACUGAGACCAUUUAGUCUAAUUUUGCGACCAUUUGACUUUGCUGUGCGAAUGGAAUUUGUUAUUGGUCGCACCGGUGCGAGCUGCACAUUAUACCUGGUCACCAUAAAAAUCGUCCUAUUUUUGGGGCAAAUAAAACCAGGAUUAGGUCAAACAGUAAAGUGCAUUAUCUUCAUGACUACUGUAGUGAAAGUGUCUGCCCUGCCGCUGUGCUUGUUUCUCUGCUGUAAUGAGCGAGCCUCUCACACCCUCUCUCCCCCCUCAUGCGCACUGAAAAAUACAAUUGCAGGAAAAAACAACUUUGGAAGGAACUACUGUUGUCCUAGAGGAGGGCCUCCGCUUUCUGUAGGUAUAAUUUUUUAUUUCUCAAACUCUCCAUAUUGAGCUCAAAACACACCGUUUUACAAUCGAGAUAUCUGAUAUGGCUUUGAAAUACGGAGCAUGUGAAAUGCGCAUCGGCCAUUGCGCGUGCACUAGGUCUCAUUGGGUAGCAGGCCUACUACUGAUUCAAAUUAUUUAUAUUUUGGGACAUUAAAUGUAUUGUUUGAAUAAUACAUGGCUACUAGCAGCAGGUGUUAUAUUUAGAGUUAGGGAUCUAGCUAAUGUGUUUUGAGUUACCUCUUCAUUAGUUGGUGAAUUAGCACCAAUUGAUUUAGGCCUAUUUGUAAUAUUAUUGCACAUAAAGAUGAAGGAAAAUGCAUCUCUAUUGAGCAAAAAAAUUAUAAUAUUCCAGAGCCCUAUUUUGACAGUAAAAUAACAAAUUGCCUAAUUGUCAACCCAAAAUUCAUGACAAUCAAAAUAUCUUGAAUCAUGCAUGUUAGAUGUAACAACUUAUUUAUUGAAAACCAUCUCAGUAGUCUAUUACGCUUCAUAAUAAAUCAUUGUGAAUGAUUUUAUGAGUUUUUAAGAUGAUUACUGCUAUUUUGUCUAUUUCGUGAUGCUGCAAAAAAGAAUUGGGGGGUGCGACCAAAUCAUGGGCUGAUGCCACCAACUGAAAAAGUUUCUGGCACCAGUUCCACCAGGGGAAAACGUGAGUCUGGGGCCCUACACACACAAACACCAAUUGACCAUGGACAGAAUGGACAUGGUUUUGAAUAGAUUGUUGAAAUGUAGUUUUUAUUUUUACUAUACAAUUAUAAUGUAGUGUAUUUCUCAUCUUUCUGGUAAUAUAAACUCAGCAAAAAAAGAAACGUCCUCUCACUGUCAUCUGCGUUUAUUUUCAGCAAACUUAACGUGUAAAUAUUUGUAUGAACAUAACAAGAUUCAACAACUGAGACAUAAACUGAACAAGUUCCACAGACAUGUGACUAACAGAAAUUGAAUAAUGUGUCCCUGAACAAAGGGGGGGGGGGGGGGGGGGGGGGGGGGGUCGAAAUCAAAAUUAACAGUCAGUAUCUGGUGUGACCACCAGCUGCAUUAAGUACUGCAGUGCAUCUCCUCCUCAUGGACUGCACCGGAUUUGCCAGUUCUUGCAUCUCCCACUCUUCCACCAAGGCACCUGCAAGUUCCCGGACAUUUCUGGGGGGAAUGGCCCUAGCCCUCACCCUCCGAUCCAACAGGUCCCAGACGUGCUCAAUGGGAUUGAGAUCCGGGCUCUUCUCUGGCCAUGGCAGAACACUGACAUUCCUGUCUUGCAGGAAAUCACGCACAGAACGAGCAGUAUGGCUGGUGGCAUUGUCAUGCUGGAGGGUCAUGUCAGGAUGAGCCUGCAGGAAGGGUACCACAUGAGGGAGGAGGAUGUCUUCCCUGUAACGCACAGCGUGGAGAUUGCCUGCAAUGACAACAAGCUCAGUCCGAUGAUGCUGUGACCCUCCACCUUCAAAUCGAUCCCGCUCCAGAGUACAGGCCUCUGUAACGCUCAUUCCUUCGACGAUAAACGCGAAUCCGACCAUCACCCCUGGUGAGACAAAACCGCGACUCGUCAAUGAAGAGCAGUCCUGUCUGGUCCAGCGACGGUGGGUUUGUGCCCAUAGGCGACGUUGUUGCCGGUGAUGUCUGGUGAGGACCUGUCUUACAACAGGCCUACAAGCCCUCAGUCCAGCCUCUCUCAGCCUAUUGCGGACAGUCUGAGCACUGAUGGAGGGAUUGUGCGUUCCUGGUGUAACUCGGGCAGUUGUUGUUGCCAUCCUGUACCUGUCCCGCAGGUGUGAUGUUUGGAUGUACCAAUCCUGUGCAGGUGUUGUUACACAUGGUCUGCCACUGCGAGGAUGAUCAGCUGUCUGUCCUGUCUCCCUGUAGCACUGUCUUAGGCGUCUCACAGUAUGGACAUUGCAAUUUAUUGCCCUGGCCACAUCUGCAGUCCUCAUGCCUCCUUGCAGCAUGCCUAAGGCAGGUUCACGCAGAUGAGCAGGGACCCUGGGCAUCUUUCUUUUGGUGUUUUUCAGAGUCACUAGAAAGGCCUCUUUAGUGUCCUAAGUUUUCAUAAUUGUGACCUUAAUUGCCUACCGUCUGUAAGCUGUUAGUGUCUUAACGACCGUUCCACAGGUGCAUGUUCAUUAAUUGUUUAUGGUUAAUUGAGCAAGCAUGGGAAACAGUGUUUAAACCCUUUACAAUGAAGAUCUGUGAAGUUAUUUGGAAUUUUACUAAUUAUCUUUGAAAGACAGGGUCCUGAAAAAGGGACAUUUAUUUUUUUGCUGAGUUUAUGUGCUCACUUACAAAACAUUUACAGUGCCUUCGGAAAGUAUUCAGACCCCUUGACUUUUUCCACAUUUUUUGUUACAGCCUUAUUCUAAAGUGUAUUAAAUUGUUUUUUUCCCCUCAUCAAUCUACAGACAAUACCCCAUAAUGACAAAGCAAAAACAGGUUUUUAGACAGUUUUGCUAAUUCAUUAAAAUGAAAGUGAAAUAUCACACAAGAAUUCAGACCCUUUACUUAGUACUUUGUCGAAGCACCUUUGGCAGUGAUUACAGCCUUGAUUCUUCUUGGGCAUGAUGCUACAAGCUUGGGACACCUGUAUUUGGGGAGUUUCUCCCAUUAUUCUCUGCAGAUCCUCUCAAGCUCUGUCAGGUUGGAUGGGGAGCAUCUCUGCACAGCUAUGAAUCUUGUUUCUCAUGGUCUGAGUCCUUUAAGUGCCUUUUGGCAAACUUCAAGCAGGCUGUCAUGUGCCUUUUACUGAGGAGUGGCUUUCAUCUGGCCACUACCAUAAAGGCCUGAUUGGUGGAGUGCUGCAGAGAUGGUUGUCCUUCUGGAAGGUUCUCCUAUCUCCACAGAGGAACUCUGGAGCUCUGUCAGAAUGACCAUCUGGUUCUUGGUCACCUCCCUGACCAAGGCCCUUCUCCCCCGAUUGCUCAGUUUGGCAGGGCGGCCAGCUCAAGGAAGAGUCUUGGUGGUUCCAAACUUCUUCCAAUUAAGAAUGAUGGAGGCAACUGUGUUCUUGGGGACCUUCAAUGCUGCAGAAAUGUUUGGUACCCUUCCCUAGAUUUGUGCCUCGACACAAUCCUGUCUUGGAGCUCUACGGACAAUUCCUUCGACCUCAUGGCUUGGUUUUUGCUCUGACAUGCAUUGUCAACUGUGGGACCUUAUAUAGACAGGUGUGUGCCUUUCCAAAUCACGUCCAAUCAAUUGAAUUUACCACAGGUGGACUCCAAUCAAGUUGUAGAAACAUCUCAAGGAUGAUCAAUGGAAACAGGAUGCACCUGAGCUCAACUUCGAGUCUCAUAGCAAAGGGUCUGAAUAUUUAUGUAAAUGUGAUAUUUUAUUUAUUUAUUUGUACAUUUGCAAAAAUGUCUAACAACCGGUUUUUGCUUUGGCAUUAUGGGGUAUUGUGUGUAGAUUGCUGAGGAUUUUAUUUUUUAAAUCAAUUUUAGAAUAAGGCUGUAAACGUAACAAUGUGGAAAAAGUCAAGGGGUCUGAAUACUUUCCGUGACGGAAACAGGACGUUUCUGUACAAUUGUGUAAAUGCUGAGAAAUAAUUUGUUCGCUUGACAUGUUGGGAUCUUUUUGUGUCGGUAAAAUUAAUAAUGCGAGAAAUUGCGGUGGAAACUCAUGCAGACAGGCCUACCUGCGCAGCCUACCCGCACUGUAUCUGCGAGCUGUUGGCUAGAGCCAUGACCGAAGUAGGCACAUUUGCCAUUUAACGCAACAGUUUGUGACAAACCUACAGUGGGGAGAACAAGUAUUUGAUACACUGAUGAUUUUGCAGGUUUUCCUACUUACAAAGCAUGUAGAGGUCUGUAAUUUUUAUCAUAGGUACACUUCAACUGUGAGAGACGGAAUCUAAAACAAAAAUCCUGAAAAUCACAUUGUUUGAUUUUUAAGUAAUUAAUUUGCAUUUUAUUGCAUGACAUAAGUAUUUGAUCACCUACCAACCAGUAAGAAUUCCGGCUCUCACAGACCUGUUAGUUUUUCUUUAAGAAGCCCUCCUGUUCUCAACUCAUUACCUGUAUUAACUGCACCUGUUUGUACUCGUUACCUGUAUAAAAGACACCUGUCCACACACUCAAUCAAACAGACUCCAUCCUCUCCACAAUGGACAAGACCAGAGAGCUGUGUAAGGACAUCAGGGAUAAAAUUGUAGACUUGCACAAGGUUGGGAUGGGCUACAGGACAAUAGGCAAGCAGCUUGGUGAGAAGGCAACAACUGUUGGCGCAAUUAUUAGAAAAUGGAAGAAGUUCAAGAUGACGGUCAAUGAACCUCGGUCUGGGGCUCCAUGCAAGAUCUCACCUCGUGGGGCAUCAAUGAUCAUGAGGAAGGUGAGGGAUCAGCCCAGAACUACACGGCAGGACCUGGUCAAUGACCUGAAGAGAGCUGGGACCACAGUCUCAAAGAAAACCAUUAGUAACACACUACGCCGUCAUGGAUUAAAAUCCUGCAGCGCACGCAAGGUCCCCCUGCUCAAGCCAGCGCAUGUCCAGGCCCGUCUGAAGUUUGCCAAUGACCAUCUGGAUGAUCCAGAGGAGGAAUAGGAGAAGGUCAUGUGGUCUGAUGAGACAAAAAUAUAGCUUUUUGGUCUAAACUCCACUUGCCGUGUUUAGAGGAAGAAGAAGGAUGAGUACAACCCCAAGAACACCAUCCCAACCGUGAAGCAUGGAGGUGGAAACAUCAUUCUUUGGGGAUGCUUUUCUGCAAAGGGGACAGGACGACUGCACCGUAUUGAGUGGAGGAUGGAUGGGGCCAUGUAUCGCGAGAUCUUGGCCAACAACCUCCUUCCCUCAGUAAGAGCAUUGAAGAUGGGUCGUGGCUGGGUCUUCCAGCAUGACAACGACCCGAAACACACAGCCAGGGCAACUAAGGAGUGGCUCCGUAAGAAGCAUCUCAAGGUCCUGGAGUGGCCUAGCCAGUCUCCAGACCUGAACCCAAUAGAACAUCUUUGGAGGGAGCUGAAAGUCCGUAUUGCCCAGCGACAGCCUUGAAACCUGAAGGAUCUGGAGAAGGUCUGUAUGGAGGAGUGGGCCAAAAUCCCUGCUGCAGUGUGUGCAAACCUGGUCAAGACCUACAGGAAACAUAUGAUCUCUGUAAUUGCAAACAAAGGUUUCUGUACCAAAUAUUAAGUUCUGCUUUUCUGAUGUAUCAAAUACUUAUGUCAUGCAAUAAAAUGCAAAUUAAUUACUUAAAAAUCAUACAAUGUGAUUUUCUGGACUUUGCAGGAUUCUGAUAGCAAACAGCUAGUUUAGAUGAAAAAAUUACACUAUAUAUACAAAAGUAUGUGGCCACCCCUUCAAAUUAGUGGAUUUGGCUAUUUCAGCCAUACCCGUUGCUGACAGGUGUAUAACAUUGGCAGUAGAAUGGCCUUACUGACGAGCUCAGUGACUUUAAACGUGGCACCAUCAUAGGAUGCCACCUUUCCGACAAGUCAGUUUGUCAAAUUUCUGCCCUGCUAUAGCUGCCCCAGUCAACUGUAAGUGGAAACAUCUAGGAGCAUCAACGGCUCAGCCGGGAAGUGGUAGGCCACACAAGCUCACAGAACGGGACCGCCGAGUGCUGUAGCGCGUAAAAAUCGUCUGUCCUCGGUUGCAACACUCACUACAGAGUUCCAAACUGCCUCUGGAAGCAACGACAGCACAAUAACUGUUGGGAGCUUCAUGAAGUGGGUUUCCAGCGUCGGCUGGAUUGGUGUAAAGCUCGCCGCCAUUGGACACUGGAGCAGUGGAAACGUGUUCAUCUGGAGUGAUGAAUCACGCUUCACCAUCUGGCAGUCCGACUGAUGAAUCUGGGUUUGGCGGAUGCCAGGACAACGCUACCUGCCCGAAUGCAUAGUGCCAACUGUAAAGUUUGGUAGAGGAGGAAUAAUGGUCUGGGGCUGUGUUUCAUGGUUCGGGCUAGACCCCUUAGUUCCAGUGAAGGGAAAUCUUAACGAUACAGCACACAAUGACAUUCUAGACGAUUCUCUGCUUCCAACUUUCAGCAUGACAAUGCCCCCGUGCACAAAGCAAGGUCCAUACAGAAAUGUUUUGUCGAUCAGUGUGGAAGAACUUGACUGGCCUGCACAGAGCCCUGACCUCAACUGUUCCAACAUCUAGUGGAAAGCCUUCCCAGAAAAGUGGAAGCUGUUAUAGGAGCAAAGGGGGGACCCACUCCAUAUUAACUCCCAUGAUUUUGGAAUGAGAUGUUGGACGAGCAGGUGUCCACAUACUUUUGGUUAUGUAGUGUAUCUUCGAUUUGAUUUUAGAUUGAUAUUAGAUGGGACUGUCUUAUUUGACAGUUUCAAACGGCAAGAUUUAAUCUGUUCUGAAGCUUUAACUGGUGUGCGUGUGUUACCCCAGGCAAGCGUGUUCGCAUCAUGAAUGCAGAGGGUUUGGCCCUGGGCUGUCAGAUCACCACGUCCAAGAAGCGAGAGAGGGACCUGGUAGACGGCUCCUUCCACAGGCAAGAU